UUCCCUCAACUCAUCCAACGUAAACAAACGUGUCUUCUAUUAUUCUUACACCAAAAAUCCCCUUAAAUUCAUUUUUCCAUUUCUUUUCUAUUAUCAUAUAUAAUUAAAUGGAUUCAAGAAAACGAGUUCAUGAUGACUCGUCCGAGUUGGAAAUCAACUCACCCGAGGUUAAACGAGUCAGAGAAAAUCUCUUAGACGAUUUAUUAAACGACUCAGAGUUAUCAACUCCGAGUCAUGACAUCGACUCAUUCAUUAAAAUUCUCGAGGAGGAGAUUACUACUUUACCCUCGACCGGGGAAUCACAACCCGAGUUAGGAUACCUUCUAGAAGCAUCCGAUGACGAACUCGGGCUACCUCCACCAGCCGAGUUGGAAACUGAGUCGGUCCGAGGUGGACUCAGUAACGAGUUUUGGCCGAGUUAUGACUCGUUUGAUUUGGGAAGUGUUGAAUUGGAUAAUAAUUAUUAUAGUGAUAAUAUUAUGGGUGAAUAUGUUGGGUUAGAUGGGUUGUUUGAUCAUUCGGAUCUUGGUUACGGGUCGGGUGAUUAUCUAUGGAGACCCGAGACUUUACCUGCAUGAUAGUUUAUGGAUAGAUAUUGUAAAGAUUUUUUUUUAUUUUUUAUAAUAUCAUUUGAUUAAAAAUAGGAAGGAAGAAGAAAUUAUGAAAAAUUGAUGACCAAUUUCCUUGAAUUGGUGUAAUACUUAUUUUUGUUUUGAAAAAAUUAGCAACAUCAGCAGUAUUUGUAUUUUA